CGCCCCGUCUGGCAAGGCCGAAUAAAGUCAAUUGUGUACUUCCGAAGUUAUUCGCCAAAAAUUUUUGAAAAAACUAUGUUUAAGCAUCAAAAAGUGAGAAUAUACUUUCAGUGAAGUUAAAUACGCGAUUCCUCUUGCUUUACAGUUUGUUUCUGUAACGAAAAAGUGUAACUAGCAGUCGGUGGUAUAUAAGCAAAAGUCGAUUUAGUGACAGGGUGUAUCGAGUAGUUUUUAGGAGGACCGAUAGAGGAUUCGCGAUUAAACUCUAUAAAAUGUUAGCCAGAUUCUAUUUUUAAAAUAUGCUUGUGUAGAUUUGUGUUGUAUUCUACUAAUAUAAACCUCUCUUAGUAGAGUGGGCUAUUUUUGAAAAUAUUUUAUUAAAAAUAACUACUGUCCAUGGGCCCGUGAUAAUACUAUAGGGAGCCAUUUUUUAGUCAACAUUAAAUUUUUUUUCUUUACUCGAAUUAUUCGUGAAUCAAAUCCCCUUUUAACUUCUGUGAAUUUCGAGGACACUUUUAAAAAGAUAAUGCCACUCAUCUCUUCUCAAAAUGAAAAACUUAAUCUGAUAAUAUAAUGUUCCAUGUCCAAGUUAUGGAAGUAAAUGAUUUGGAGUACAGAGAAUAGGUUUUUUGAGUGACAGCCACGGUGGCGUCUGGCCCAGAGUGUGGCCCGGUGGCCGCCGACAAGGGGGCCGAUUGUUGGUGGUCCCCCCUGGCGGCCAUGGGUUGCUUCGGGAAUAGGGAUGCUGCUCAGGCGUCAGAAGACAUACGAUCCCAGAAACGGAUCAGCGACCAAAUUAACAGGCAGCUAGCCAAAGAAAAGCAGGUUUACCGCGCAACGCAUAGGCUGUUGCUUUUGGGUGCGGGAGAAUCUGGAAAAUCUACAAUAGUAAAGCAGAUGCGUAUCCUGCAUGUAGAUGGUUUCAGUGAAAAAGAGAAGAAACAAAAGAUUGAAGACAUUAAAAAGAAUAUCAGAGAUGCCAUAAUAACAAUAACAGGUGCAAUGUCAACACUUAGUCCACCUGUACCUUUAGAAAAACCUGAAAAUCAAGCGAGAGUGGAUUGGAUUCAGGAUUGUGCAACUGGUCCGGAUUUUGAUUAUCCUCCUGAGUUUUAUGAUCACACAGAAGCCCUCUGGAAAGAUAAAGGUGUACAGUCCACUUUUGAAAGAAGUAAUGAAUAUCAAUUAAUAGACUGUGCAAAAUACUUCCUUGAUCAAGUAAGUGUAAUAAGAAGGCCAGACUACACACCUACAGAACAGGACAUCCUUCGUUGUCGUGUCCUCACCAGCGGUAUUUUCGAAACACUCUUCCAGGUCGAUAAGGUCAAUUUUCACAUGUUUGACGUUGGCGGACAACGUGAUGAACGACGAAAAUGGAUUCAAUGCUUCAAUGACGUUACGGCCAUCAUUUUCGUAACAGCUUGCAGCUCAUACAAUAUGGUCUUACGUGAAGAUCCAACUCAGAACAGACUGCGGGAAAGUCUUGAUCUGUUUAAGUCAAUAUGGAAUAAUAGGUGGUUAAGGACCAUCUCAGUUAUUUUAUUUCUCAACAAACAGGAUCUUCUCGCUGAAAAAAUUCUAGCAGGAAAGAGUAAAUUAGAAGGUUACUUUUCCGAGUUCACGAGGUAUCAGACUCCAGUUGAAGUCGCGAAUGAUUCCAACGAGCCCCCAGAAGUAUUUCGAGCCAAGUACUUUAUUAGGGACGAGUUUUUGCGUAUAAGCACAGCAUCGGGUGAGGGUAAGCACUACUGCUAUCCUCAUUUCACUUGCGCUGUAGAUACGGAAAAUAUCAAGAGAGUUUUUAACGACUGCCGCGAUAUAAUCCAACGUAUGCAUCUCCGUCAGUAUGAACUAUUAUAACCGCCCACCUCAUUUUACAGCAUCUUUUUUCGUCUCCAACGCUUAACUCCUCCCUUUCGGUCUGCUAACAGCGUUCACUUCCUUUUUGUCAACUAAAAAAAGUGCGGCCGAUCAGCAGUCAUUUCUCUAAUUUCUCACUUAACGUCUAUCAGCUGAAAUUAAAAUUUACUUGUUAUAAUACCAAUGAAAUAUGUGACAUUAACUUAUUUUGUUAAUUGAAUUAAAUAAGGUCUAAUACUUGCCGUCCUACCUUCAUGCAAUAGACUUAAUGAUUUUAGUUGAUUUGAAAUCAUUUAUUUUAAUUUUAAUAUUUUGACAAAUUUCCAAUUUUUUUAUCAUACAAUAUUUUUAAAACAACUCUACCCUUAUUUGACGUAUUUUUUUAAGGACUCGAUUAAUAGAAAUGUCUUAACACAGAAUUUGUUAUUCAUUUGCCAUUUUUUUUAUUAAAAACAACUUUAAGUUUAAUGUGAUUAAAGACCUUUAAUGUUGUUUUAAAUGUUUC